ACGUGAUGAAAAAUGCUUUCGGGCCACUCGUCGUCUAGUUUUGAUAUUUUAGCCGUGACCAUCAGGCUUGAACACUAGCUUUGGAGAAUGGCUGUUGUCCGGUAAGGCCUCACUCUUUCAAUGAGCAACUUGCCGAAAGCUUUCACCAACCUGCGCUUUCCAGCAAGGACGCUAUUAGUAGCUCCUGGCCUUACUACUAGGAGCAAGGACGCUACUAGGAACAAAGGGCAUUGCUACUAGGAACAAAUGGUGCGACCAAAGAGUUCACCUCAAAGACGAAGAGAAGAAGGAGCCUUCGGGCCGGCCCUGAUUCGACACUCACCGUCACCAAUUUAGAGCAACUGAUUUCCUCCAACGUCGCAGGGCAGACAAGGGUCGAAGAGAUUGCCCGAAGAGACAGACGUCAAUGCAGCAAUCACUUCUCAUCUUGCAAGAAAGUGUGCGCAAGCGGUUUGCUGUUUUUGGUUCUGUCACAGCUUUAGGCGCUAACGUCUGCUGAACAGGAACUGCCAACACGUCCAAACCCGCGACCUUUGGCCCAGAUCCGCAGAUUGAAAGGACUUGGCUUGCCCGGCUUGCCCUUUUGUGAAAUGCCUUUGACCUUAGAGUCAGAUGAUGUAGACGACAUCGAUCCGGGAACAUUUGUCUAUUGGUGCGGGCAAGAUGAUGAUAUUCCACGAGACGACCUGGGCGAAGUUCUUUCAGUUCAUGAUGAAAAGCGGAAGGUGAGCUUCCCUAAGGGCACUUGGAAGCUGUCCGCAGUCAAGGUGAACGUCUCCGAUUUCCAAAAGAAGACCUUCGUGCAUGUCGUGGAUGAUGAAAUAGACGCCGCUGCAAUUGGACAAAUUACCGAGUUGGACAAUGGCAAAUUGUGUGUGAUGAUCCAAGGGAAGCAAAAGUUUUUCCAUACAAACAAGUUGAUGCGAUGUGACUUCCAACCAGGGAUGUUUGCUUUUUGGACCCGAGCAGAUGAUGAAAUCCCGAAGAAUCACAUGGGAGUGAUCUUGGAAGACUUGAACGAUGAAGGCAGAGUGCAGGUGAAAUUCCCAAAUGGCACGUGGCGCUUCAAGCCGUAUCAAUUAGUGCGAGCGCAUGUUCAACCCCGCUCAUACGUACAGUGGACCGGCUCAGACGAUGAUAUUCCCAAAGGUGAGAUCGGAAGGGUUGUUGGAGAUCUGAAUGAUGAAGGGAGGAUUCUGGUGCAAUUCUGCAAGGGGAGAUGGAGAUUUAAGCCAGAGGAGCUCUUUUUGAACGAGAUGCAGUAUGGUUGCUUCGUGAAGUGGAGUUCACACGAUGAGGAUGUCAAGAAAGGCGAUGUCGGCAUUGUCACCGGCUUGAAAAAAGACAGUGGCAGGCUCAAAGUUAGGUUUCCUAAAGGACAGUACAACUUCAAAUCCAACGAGCUCCGACUACAUCAAGUUCAGCCUGGGGAGUUCGUUUAUUGGGAUAAAUGUGACAAUGACAUCCCCAGAGGACACAUCGGAGAAGUGGUGAGGAUGAAAGACGAGGAGAAUUAUGUUCAGGUCCAAUGGCCACGAGGAACAUGGAGCAUGAAACCACAUGAACUCCAAAAGCUUCCCUUUCAACGAGCGGAUCGUGUGCAAUGGAUUAAAGCGGACGACGACAUCCCAGAAGGGCACAUUGGCCAGGUCAUGGGCAUCAAGUACGGAGAGGACGAGGAAGAUGGCUUAACAGGGCACAGGUUGUUCGUGCGCUUUCCAAAAGGGCGCUGGCACUUCGAUCCUUCGUCUUUGAAGAGCCUCAACCUGGAUGUUGAUGGUGUCAACGAGCUCAAGGCAACAUUCAAGCGCUUUGACAAGAAUGGAGAUGGAAAGCUUUCGCUGGAAGAAUUGCAGUCUGUCUUGGGAAAGCUCGGAGAAGGUGGUGGGGGACUUUCCGAUGAGGAAUGCCAAGAGUUGUUCAAUGCGCUGGACAAGGAUGGAAAUGGCAAGCUCACUUCGGAUGAGUUCCUGGACUAUGUUUUUGGUACUGAUGCCUCGGGAUCUAGCAAGAAGCUUCUUGGAGAUGGCUUUGGUCUGCAAGCUGUGCUGGGCCUGGGCGGUGAUGAUGAGGAAGAAGAUGACGAUGAUGAUGAUGAUCCCAACAGCGGAGGCGGUGGUAAUCAGGUGGUCAUCCCUCCUACUGAUUUCAACGUCACCUUGGAUCCAGAGGAUGUGGGCGAGAUCAACGGCGAGACCCCUGUAUCCAAGGCCGAAUGGGUUUCAGCUAUGCUUACAGUGGGUAUGUGUCGAGCUGCUUCAGUGGAAAGCUUCGAAGGAUGUCUGAAAGAACUGGGCCAAGAGGAUGGCGAGGUGCCGUUGAAAGAAUUAGCUGCGGAGCUGAAUGGAAUUGGGAGCGCAGCAGGUGUUGAGGAGUUGCGGGCAGCGGUGGGAAAGGUGAAACAGGGCAAGGUACCUGCGCAAGAUCUUGAGGUUGCACCAGAGGACAAUCCGUUUGAAAAGGAGUUGGCCACGAAGACCGGCAUUGAUGGCCUUCUUUUCCAUCUGAAUGUCCGCAAGAUGAGCUAUGACGACUCAGCAGCCGAACUUCCGAAUGCAAAACUCUCUGCCCUGGAAGAGAAGGUCUUGGGAGAAAUGGGAGAUGGCUUGGUGGAUGCAGUCAAGGAACAUGCUCAAAAUCCACCCACCUUGAGCGCUGUAUCCUCCUGGCAACGUGCGCGAGAGAAUUGCCGAAAAGAAGUCCAGGCGAUCAUCGACCAGUGCACGAGCAGCGGAGAGAAGUUUGUGGAUACGACAUGGAAUCCAACUGAAAGCGACGAAGCAGAAGCAUUUGUAAUGUAUGUCGACAAAGAAAAGCCCGGUUGGGAUUGCACUGCCACCAAGCCAAAGAGUUGGAAGCGAAUCAAGGAGGUCAUGGAGAACGGAGAGGUGGUGGUCGGGGACUGCGCUGCAAAUGACAUUGAUCAGGGCAGCUGUGGAGACUGCUUUUUGUUGGGGGCCCUCGGCGCCGUCGCCGCCAACCGGAAGCGCUUCAUUCGGCAAGCCUUUGUGCACUACGACACUGAGAUCGGAGUAUAUGGGAUACUCUUCUGCAUCGAAUCACAUUUCGUCUACGAGAUUAUCGAUGACAACAUGGGCAUGAGAAGCAGCUCUAAACUGAGAUGGGCUUCGAGUAGGGACAAGGAUGAGUUCUGGGUAUCCAUUCUUGAGAAGGCGUAUUUUAAGCACCACACAUGUGUGGAAAUGUGCGAUGGUGGUCAUGGAACUGAAUCGAUAUUCUGCUUCCUGGGUGGAGUCACUGGCAUGUACGAAGUUGGCAGCAAAUAUUUUGACAAGCCCAAAGAGUACUUUGACUUGGUCAAUAAGGGUCUAAGCAGCGGCGAGCUCAUGACAACGGGAUUCACAAAACCCAGCAAAGGGAAAUAUGCAGAAGGAGCCCAGGGUCCAGAUGGCCCUUGUGGAGAGAAAGGAUUGCCUUUUGGAUUGAUUGGCGGUCAUUGCUAUUCGAUCAUAAGAAUUGCAGAAUGCAACGGCCAUCACUUACUUUGCAUCCGAAAUCCUUGGGGAUCAGGUGAAUGGUCUGGGCCAUGGAGUGACGCGGACUCGAACUGGACAGACGAGAUGAAGGAAGCUCUUGGAGUUGUGAACAAGGUGGAUGGUACAUUUUGGAUGGCUGUCGAGGACUUCGUGCAAGUCUCAAAAGGAAUCAAGUUCAUCCGGAACUUCGGACCUUCCUGGCAAUGCGCGGUGCAGAGAGGAUGUUACAGCGAGGAACCGAGCAAAGCCCGUGCCAAGAAGGAUUAUCAAGCCUGUGACGACAGUGAGAUCACCUUGAAAAGGGGCGACAUUCUUCAACUCUCGCAAGAUCAAGGAUACUGGAAAAAAGGCACCAACGAGAGAACAGGUGAAAGCGGAUUCUUUCGGACCAAAGAUGUUGACGUGCAGAUCAAGCAAGCAUAUAAGUUCAAAUUAUCGGUCGAGGACAUGGCGGAGGGGACGCCCUUGAUCUUUGCAGCCAUGUCCGAAAACCAACUGAUGAGGCGCGAAUGGAAAGUCCGAAAGGAAGAUGGCAUGAAUUACAAAGACAAGUCGUGCCUUGUUCGUUUGGACAUUUUGUGGCCAUUUUUUCUGGAUAGGCUUGUGGAUUUUUGAGGCAACCUACCGGACUGCUCUUCAUCAUUGACAGCAAUGGGCAAAAGAAGAAGGAAAAGCUCAGGUACCGGCAUGUAUGGACAUACUUGGAUAGCACAAAGGGACCAUGGUCUGUGUACCUGUCCGCCAUUAAUGGAAGAGGCAUGCGGUACAAUGUGUUUGGAUACGCCCCACAUGGAACCAUACACUUGGAGAAGGAGGAUGCAUGUCCAGCAUUCGAUAGCUGAGUUGUUGAUCAUUGCUUUUUGUUGCCUCAUGUUCUUUUCUGAGGGUUGAUGGUCAAUGGUUGUGUUCUGGAGAAAUUGAAGACAUCAGGCCUUCAAUGCACACUUUACAGGUUGAGAAAAACAAUCCGAGACGGCUCCUUCCACUUUUGGCCUUUCCAAGGUGAUCUCGUACUCAGAUUUCUUGGAUGCAGUUUUUUAAGUGCCAGUGUGCAAUUUUUUACUCAGAUUCACCGGAAAUCGGAUGGAAGGUAAAAAUUUUGCCAGUUGUACUUUGAACUGGGUAACAAAACCUUGACUUGCACUUGCACUGACACCAACUCCCGUGGCAGAGCCAAAGAGUUCAAGUUGGAACUCCAUUUUGGAAGCCCUCCGUGUAAUAUAUGUUUUGACGUGAUCUUUAGACUUCGCAGCUUCCAUUCAGACCAUCUG